AUGAUCGUCAAAGCGAAAGUAUCACAGACUCCGGACUUGAAUAAAAUCCAAGAUGAUAUUGCUUACUUCUUCGGUCUAAAACUGAAGGACGAGCCAAGUGAAGUAGGAAGAAGAGAUCUUCUGUGUAAGAGAUUACAGAAGGAUCCGAGUGAGAAGAUUCUCGUAAUAUUGGACGAUCUGUGGAAAGAGCUUGAUCUGAGGGAGGUCGGAAUUCCUUCGGGAGACGAGAGCAAGGGAUGCAAGUUGCUGCUAACAUCGAGAUUUAAAAAUGUUCUGGAGCAAAUGAAGCGCAACACCCCCAUAUUUCAUCUUGAAGGUUUAAAGGACAACGAAGCAUUCAGGCUAUUUGAAAAGACGGUCGGUGACAGGCUCAAAGACGAUGAGGAAUUGAAAGCAAUAGCGCCUAAGGUGGUCAAGAAGCUUGCAGGUUUGCCUCUUCUGAUUAUCUCGGUUGCGUGUAGCUUGAAAGAUAGGGAUGUGGACGCAUGGAGAAUUGCUUUGAAAAAAAUAGACCUGUCAAAAAUGGAAACUAUAGUGAAAUUGAGUUACGAUCAUUUGAAGAGUGAGGACACCAAGACCUUAUUCUUGCUUUGCGGUCUUAUUGGUGGGACCAUUCAAGUCGAAAUCCUGCUGGGUUUAGGCAUGGGUUUAGGCUUUUUUGAGGAAUUCGGGAGGACGAUACAAGAUUCAAGGGCUGGAUUGAAUGCUAUGCUCAAUGAACUCCGCUCCGUUUGUUUGUUGUUGGAUGGUGGCGAUGAAAAGAACAAUGUAACCAUACAUGAUCUUUACAGCGAGGUGGUCACCUCAACUCCAUUUGGAGGUCAGAAUUCCUUAAUGAUGAACAGCAAUUAUGGCUCAUGGCCAAAGGAAAAGCUUGAGAAAUGUAGGGCAAUAUGCCAAGUUAAUGUAGGUAGAGAUAGGCUCGAUAAACUAAUGAAGUGUCAGUUUGCCGACUUGAAGAUACUCAUGUUGUCUCAACCACCAAUCCGGUACUGGAUUCCAGAACACCUACGUGAUAUGGGAGAUCACUUGGGACUACUAGAUUUCACAUGCAUGAAGGAGCUUCGAGUCCUAUAUCUUUGCUCUAUGCGUAUCACCAGUUUACAUUCCUCAAUUAGAAUCCUUGGGAACCUCCUGUCUUUAUACUUAGAAAGUUGCAAUGUGGAGGAUGUGGCAAUUCUCGGUAAUCUCAAAGCAUUACAGAUUCUCAGCUUCGCAAGGUCCACAAUUUCGAGGCUGCCUAAAAAAAUCCAAGAACUAACGAAUUUGAGAUUGUUAAACCUAAGCUACUGCAAGCUUAAGAUUAUUAAGCCCGAUGUCCUAAAAUGCUUAAUCAACUUAGAAGAGUUACUUAUGAUGGAAAGCUUUAAUCAAUAG